AUGUUGAAGAGUGAGCAUGUGCUGCUGAUGCUUUCAAUCAUCGCGUCAGUUUCAGCUACUGGCAAUGAUACGAUAGAAUAUGCAGGUGCCUUUUUGAAGCGUAUCGGCUACAUAAAUACAACGGAUAAUGCUGUCACCGAUAUAGAAUCAGCAUUGAUGACAUUGCAAGAGACAUACAAUCUCCCUGUGAGUGAAUCACUGUAUAAUGAAACUAAGCUCCUGCUGAAUAGCCCGCGUUGUUCUGUAGGAGAAAAUAAUUUCAUGAUACAUUCGAAAUGGAACAAAACAAAGUUACUCUGGUAUUUUCCUCAAGCUCAACAGGCGCAUCGUGAUACAGUCAAGAUGGCAUUCGAUAGGUGGAAGGAGCUAUCAAAUUUGAAGUUCGAAAAUGUGCGAAACCCUAGCAGACAGAAACCUGAUAUAACCAUAACUGUUAUUCGAAGAAAUCAUGAUUUCCGAGCAAAUUGUCAAGGCACUUCCAAGUGUCCACAUAAUUUCGACGGUCCCGGGAAAGUUUUAGCUCAUGCAUUUUUCUCAAAUGAAAACAACAAGUGUAUUGAGAUGCAUCUUGAUGCAGAAGAAAAAUGGUAUCUUGGAAAUAGUACUUCUCCUGAUGGCCAAACUAGUUAA